AUGAGUCUUCACCUCUUUCUUUGGGUCAUCCUUUUCGCGCUUCGGUGGACAAAUGUGUCUGGUGCCACUACCGUCAGUGUCAGCGCGACAGCGAGCCAUCCCAUCCCGACCACGCUGUGGGGGCAGAUGUUUGAAGACAUUAGCCAUGUAAGAGAAUCGGUGCGAAUUUUUUUCAAAGGGCUGAACCCCCCCAGAGCGGGGAUGGAGGACUGUACGCCGAACUGCUCCAAAAUCGCGCUUUUCAACAAGUUACCCCAACAUUGCAACAAAGAUACCACUGCUGCACUGAACGCGUGGCUUCCCAUUGGCGAAUCCUCGAUCAAUGUCGUAGCCGACCCAAGCCCAUUGUCGUCCGCUCUGCCUAAUUCGCUUGUCCUCGUAAUCCCACCGAAUGUGAAGAGAGAUGUCGGCUUUGCCAACACCGGAUACUGGGGUAUCAAUUUCGUCAAGGACACGCAGUACACAGCUUCGCUCAACUAUCGCGUGCCAGCGUUCUUAUCCCCUCUCAAUUCCCCGCCAACGCUUACGAUUUCCCUUCUUGCUGAAGAUGGAAGCACUUUGGCCGCUCAUAGCACCGAGCUCGCUCUUGUCGAUGGCUGGACAGAGGUGGACAUUGUCCUCACUCCUGAUCGUACACCCCCUUCACUGGCCAAUCGCUUCGCCGUCACCGUCUCCAAUGCAACACACACGUCGCCAGCUGGGAUUGAGGUGCAUUUUGCGCUCCUUUCGCUCUUCCCCCCAACUUUCAAAGGACGCAAGAACGGUAUGCGCACAGACAUUGCCCAGGCUCUCGCAGACGCCAAGCCCGCCUUCUUCCGCUUCCCUGGAGGAAAUAAUCUUGAAGGACAGACGACCGCUACACGUUGGCAGUGGAGGAACACGGUUGGGCCGCUCUCGCAGAGACCUGGUCGGGUGGGGGACUGGAGCUACAUCAACACCGACGGCCUUGGAUUGCUGGAAUAUCUGCACUGGUGUGAAGACCUGGACAUGGAGCCGUUUAUGGCGGUUUGGGAUGGCUAUUCACUGGGUGGAAGCAGUGUCACUGGCGAUGCUCUAGGUCCCUUCAUCGCGGAAGCAAUUGAACAAAUCAAUUUUGUCAUUGGAGAUCCAAACACAAGUGAAGCAGCCGCCUUGCGAGCCUCACUAGGCCAUGCAGAACCAUUCAAACUCAGAUUCGUGGAAAUCGGGAAUGAGGACUUCGUUGGUCAAGCUCCAGGAACUGUCGCAUCUCGAUGGAACUGGUUUGCUACAAACCUGAGUGCUACCUUUCCUCAACUACAUUUCAUGGCAACAUCGCGAUCUUCGGGCCCUGCAUUGACACCAACGCCGGAGAUUUACGAUGCGCACAAUGGUUUGCGACAAACUCAUUCUUAUACGACUCUAUGCCGGCUAAGAAACGGAAUCAAAUUCUUCGAGGGAGAAUAUGCUUCGACAUCAACAAAUUCGAGUAAUCUCUACGGUACCCCAGAACAAGGACGUCUCCUGUGGCCUACUGUUGCGGCCUCUGUGGGCGAAGCUGCAUUCAUGAUGGGAUUCGAACGUAAUGCGGACAUCGUCUUUUCCUCCUCAUAUGCUCCCCUUCUCGGACAUGUAAAUAACUCCCAGUGGACACCCAAUCUCGUGGGCUUCGACGCAGGAAAAGUAUACAAAUCAACUAGCUAUCAUGUUCAAAAGGUGAGAACCGCCCCUUCACCACCAUUAUUGACAGCCACACCACAGUUGUUCGCUAAUAACAGAGGCGACGAAUACCUGCCCAGCACGCUUCCCAAUAACAGCACCAGUGCUACCUUGAUUUGGAGCGUUACUCGCUGGACUGCGACAAACCAGUUGAUCAUCAAGAUCUCCAACAGUGCGGCUGCUUCGCAAGAUCUCACCUUUGUCCUUCCAUUCGAAAGUGUCUCUUCCGUUGGCUCACUUGAGUUGCUUACCGGAGCUGCAACAACGAGUAACACGCCUGCUGCACCGGAUCUCAUCGCUCCAGUUGCCUCCCGGAUCCCAGUUGGCACAAUAUUCAACUAUACCGCUCCGGCGACUAGCUUUAGCAUAAUCACUUUGACGGCGCAAUGA